CAUUAAUUUCACAAAUUACCAGCUCCCUUUAAUAGUUUUCAGCCAGCACCACCUUCCUCCCUUCAUCCCAAGCCUACACGUGUCUAGCAAAACACACAUGUAUCGUGCUCUGUUAAUUUUCAACUUCUUCUCUUCUUUAUUGCUCUUUUUACCGUUUUUUCAAACUUAUGCUGAUUCCUCUCUUUUCUUCUUCCCUCUCGCACACGAUCUCUCAUGAUUUCAAUCGUUUAUCCUUCUUCAUUUACAGUUUUCUUUUUACUUCCUAUUUUUUAGCCAUUAUCAGUGUAGUGUGUAACGUGCAUUUAGGUUUUAGGCUCCACAUUUGCUAUUAACUGCAUUUUCUCUAUAAAUAGCAACAUGGUUUCUACAAGAUCAACUCCUACAAAAGAGAAGAAGGAUUCUGUUGUUCCUGUAAAAAUGAAGCGGAAAUUAGUAAAAAAAGCUGAAAAAGAUGUUGAAGGAAGCGGUGUUGCUUCUGCCUCUGAGAAUGUCAAAGCAAAGGGAAAAAAAGUGGAUGAAACUGGUUUGAAAAGAAGGCGUUUGGCUUUUGAUGCUGUACCUGAUCAUCAGAAAGUUCAGAAAUCCUUGCAUAUUGAAGAACCAACUCGUUUGGUUCAGAACUGGGACUACUUGUUAGAUGCGGAAGAUCGUUACACUUGUAGAGUGACUAUGCCUUUAAAUUUUAAAUAUAUUGAGGACAUCAAGAAAACUCUUUCUGAUACUCAACUGGAACUUUUCAAGAAGACAUUUCUUGGUCAUUUUUUAGACUUGUCGCCGUUGUGUAAUGUUGAGCAAAAAGCGCAACUUCUACUACCUCAACCUCCUCACACUAGUUCUCAAGUCAAGUUCGGGUGUUUAGAGUGGAAAUGGAAGACGAGAUUGGUAUGUGAAUACGGUUAUAUCAACAAAGGUCUAGGCCCAACUUGGCUAUCUAGAGGUACAAGGUAG